GCGUUCCGUUCCUCCGCACCCUGCCCGGGCUGGAGUUGGGGAAUUUGGGAAGCCAUCUGUCCGCUGGAACAGACCAGAUAACAGCCGCUCGGCUCAACUUUCCCCGAUUCCCGGUUGUACUGAAACGCGAAGGGACAGUUUUCCUGUGUUUUCGAUGCAUGGGAGUGCCCUGGGAGCAGCGAAGGGUGAAGACAGUGCUGGAGGUCCUGACUGUGCGGCAGGAUGAGUGAGGCAGAAGGCCAGUUCUACAGCGUUCAGGUGGGCGACUCCACCUUCACAGUGCUCAAACGCUACCAGCAGCUCCGCGCCAUUGGCUCCGGUGCCCAGGGCAUUGUCUGCUCUGCUCUAGAUUCAGUCCUAGGUAUACCAGUGGCAGUGAAAAAGCUGUGUCGGCCCUUCCAGAAUCAGACCCAUGCCAAGCGUGCCUACAGGGAGCUGGUGCUGCUCAAAUGUGUCAACCACAAAAAUAUCAUCCGUCUGAUCAAUGUCUUCACGCCUCAGAAGUCCUUGGAGGAAUUCCAAGACCUGUAUCUGGUGAUGGAGCUGAUGGAUGCCAGCCUAUGCCAGGUGAUCCACAUGGACCUGGACCAUGAGAGGAUGUCCUACCUGCUUUAUCAGAUCCUCUGUGGCAUCAGGCACCUGCACUCCGCUGGCAUCAUCCACAGGGACCUAAAGCCAAGUAACAUUGUGGUGAAGUCAGACUGCACUCUGAAAAUCUUGGACUUUGGCCUGGCCAGGACAGCCUGCACUAACUUCAUGAUGACGCCCUAUGUGGUGACCAGAUAUUACCGGGCCCCAGAGGUCAUCCUUGGCAUGAAGUACAAAGAGAAUGUUGACAUCUGGUCAGUGGGGUGCAUCAUGGGAGAGAUGGUGAAGGGCAGCGUCAUCUUCCAGGGUACCGACCACAUUGACCAGUGGAAUAAAGUGAUUGAGGUGCUUGGCACGCCCAGCCUGGAGUUUAUGAACCGCUUGAUGGAGACUGUGAGGAACUACGUGAUGAACAAGCCACAGUAUCCUGGGGUCAACUUUGCUGAGCUCUUCCCUGACUGGGCUUUCCCUUCUGACUCAGAACAUGACAAACUCAAGACGGGUCAAGCUCGGGAUCUGUUGUCCAAAAUGUUGGUGAUCGACCCAGAAUGCCGCAUCUCCGUGGAGGAAGCCCUCAAUCACCCCUACAUACACGUGUGGUACGACCCUGCAGAGGCUGAUGCGCCUCCGCCUCAGAUCUCAGAUAAGCAGCUGGAGGAAAGAGAGCACAGCAUUGAGCAAUGGAAAGAGCUUAUUUAUGAGGAGGUUAUGGACUGGGAGGAGAGGAACAAGAAUGGAGUGAUGAAAGAUGAUUGCUCAGAUGUGGUGUCCGGUUCAGCCUCCCAGUCUUCGUCAGCCAAUGAUAUCUCGUCCAUGUCCACGGAGCAGACCUUGGCCUCAGACACCGACAGCAGCAGCAUCGACACGAUCACAGGACCGCUGGACGAGAGCCAGUGAACACGGACCGCAUUGUGUUUCUGCAUGUCUGUCUGUCUGCCUCAUUAUUUACCACCCUUCCUCCCGUAAACAAAAUCCAGAUAUCAGUCAAUCAAUCAAUCAGUCCCCCACCCACAAAUCAUAACCUCCUUUUAAUGUUUUUCUUUUCUCCUGCCAACCUUGAUGGAUAGAUCUAUUUUUUUAUUUUGUUUGCGUGUGUGAUCUGAUGGGUCUUCAACUUCAUCUAGAAACUUUAUUUCAGAACACUGCCUAGUGGUCAAAGUUGUAUGCUCUCUGCUGGGUCAAAGGUUUAUCAUUCUCUGUCACCUCUUUGUGGAUAUUUUCAAACUUGAUUAAGUACACUUGUAAUGUUUGCCUCCAUGUUGAUUUUCGAAUGACCAUAAGUCGGUAGGGAAUUGUUGAUUGCUUCUAUGCCUGUGUUUUAAAGACUCUGUUAUAUUUUUCAGUGAAUAUUAAGUAUAGACUUUAAGACGAGGCUAUCGUCAACAGAUUCGUGCAGAGAUGCACUGAACGCAGACCACAGCAGUCCAUCUGUCAGUUGCUCCCCUGCAUGUUACUGCAAAAUGAACAAAAGCUUACAACCAGUCAAUUGAAUCAACCACCCUGUGUUCAGAAGAUGAUCAAAUGCUAAUCCGAGGUUGAGGCAGUCUCUUAGCUAGCUAGCAGUAUUGCGAAUUCCCCCCCAGGUGGUGCUUCCCCAUUGCAUUUUUUUAAUGAAUUGCCUUGAGUGAUUUGAAUUUGAGCUUUUACUCCUGACAGCUAGGGGGAGCUGUGGUUGCAGUGUUACAGUUUUAAUUUCCUGAUAUAAUGUACUGUAUGUAAAGGUGUCAUGAUCCCAUGCCCAUAGUGUAUGUACACAUUUUUCUUGAAAAUAGAUAAGUGUAUUUGUUUUAACAAAUUCAGUGCACCUAUGGAAAUAUGAUAACUUGCAAUCACCCCACAUGACAUAAGGUACUGACUAUCGAUGUGUAUAUCAAAAGAACAUCAUAAUCCUGUAAAUUUGGGAGAGGGGGAAAAAAUCUCCAUGUAAUUGUAUUUAUUUUUGUUUUCUUGCAAAGUGUUGCACACAAUUGAUGACAUUGGGGCCCAUGGAAAUUUAAGUUUCUUGUCAAAGCGUUUCAUUGACAACCCAAUGCAUGGGCUGCUACUAUUCUAAACCAUUCCAUUAGUACUGGAAGAAUAAAGAGAUAAUUCUUGAAUCACACAUUUAAAACACAUCUAAAGGCAGUAAAAUCCAAGUAAUGAUGUUUAACUUGCAUGUCGGCAUUUCUCGUCAUAAAGAGAACUCCGUUCAGGUCAAUUCUUUCACUUACAGUACCUUGGUCUUCUCAGUUGUGAAAGCCAAUUUGAGAGAUGCUGUACCUUUUUUUUUUUUUCUUGUAAGCCUGUUUGUUUGUGUAAUUAAGUGUACUUGUGCAGCACUCUCCCUCAUUUCCUUUUGAAGUUUCCUUUUUGAAGAAUGCAUUUGCCCCAUCUGAAGAGGCAAAGUGCCUGGAGGACAUUGUGCCCAGCAAUUCGAAAUUCUGAGUUGUCUUGGUGUAGUGUGGCUGUAGAGUCCUUAAGUGGAAACCUUGACCCUGCACUUAUUGAAAGGAAACAAAAGAUGGAACUUUCAAAACAGACUGAUGAGCUGCUUUUUUGCCGACUGAUUGCAGGGUGUUGUGGACAUGUAGAAAGAUGACACUAUCUAGUCAUAAUCAGGGCUUGAGUAUGAUGUUGUACACUAUGUUUUCUUUUUAACAAACCAUGACAACCUUAUUCAUCCAAUCAUGCCUUAAAUGACCAGAGGAGUGACUAACUCCCUCCCUGAAUUCUUUUGGAUAAGGACUGAGCAUUGCCAUGCUUAAGCCAUCUAGUAUGUUUACCAUGUUUGGGGGGAAAAAAAGCUUGUAUACACUGUACAUCUCACAGUUUAUGUUGUUGUUCAUUUUUCCCUCUAUUUUGUUACGCUAAGAUGUCCUAUGUGAUUGCAAUGACCACAAUACAACCACUUGGCAUCCAUCUAUUGCCCCUCCCCCAGAAAUAAA